AUUCAUAAUACUCAAAGAAACAAAUUGAGACCUGGUCGAAGUCUGAAACAGCUAAAACCUCCCUGAAAAUUCCCAUAGAGCAAUAUGGCACUUUGGAUUUGGGCAACAAUUGGGGUGCUUGCACUUGUUCACAUCCUGCAAACAUGGAUAUCAAAAGGCAAGAACAAGAACAAGAUGCUACCUCCUGGUCCGAGAGGGUUUCCUAUCAUUGGCAGCCUCCACUUGUUAGGGAAGGUCCCUAACAGGGAUCUUUAUCAACUAGCCAAGAAAUACGGCGACAUCAUGUACAUGCGGUUAGGCCUCCACCACAACGUUGUUAUCUCGUCCCCACGAGCGGCCGAGCUGUUCCUCAAAACGCACGACCUUACUUUUGCAAGUAGACCACCUCAUGAAGGUGCAAAGCACAUCAUAUUUGGUCAAAAGAACAUGAGCUUUGCUGAGUAUGGCUCGUAUUGGCGCGAUAUGCGAAAGAUGUGCAUGCUCGAAUUACUUAGCAACCACAAGAUCAACUCUUUCAAGGCCAUGAGGAGAGAAGAGGUUUCUCUUCUGAUUCAAUCUGUCCAAGAGGAAGCCAAUAAUCGACGGGUUCCUAUCAAUCUCAGUGGCAAGAUCUCAUCGCUCGGCGUUGACCUGACCUGUCGGAUGGUGUUUGGAAAGAAGUACAAGGACGAUGAGUUUGACGAGAGGGGUUUCACGGCGGUGAUGAAAGAGGCUAUCCAAUUAGUAGCAGCACCUAACUUGAAUGACCACAUUCCUUUUCUUGCGCCGCUUGACCUGCAAGGGCUCACCAAAAAAAUGAAGACUAUCAACAAGGCGUUUGAUGCUUUUUUUGACAAGAUAAUCGACGACCAUCUUCAAUCCAAGGAUGAAGAAAGAACAAAGGACUUUAUUGAUGUCAUGCUGGGCCACAUGGGGUCUGAAGAAUCAGACUACCGAAUCGAACGCGUGCAUGUCAAGGCCCUUAUGUUGGACAUGUUCGCGGCCUCAGUGGACACACCGUCAACUGCAAUCCUGUGGGCGUUCUCAGAACUCCUUAGGCAUCCACAAGUUAUGAAGAAAGUCCAAAAGGAGCUAGAAAAUGUUGUAGGUCUCAAUAGAAUGGUGGAGGAAUCAGACUUGGAGAAAUUGGAGUACUUGGACAUGGUAGUGAAGGAAACCUUGAGGCUACAUCCUGUGGUACCAUUGUUGCUCCCUCAUUUAUCCAUCGAAGAUUGCACUGUCGAUGGCUACCACAUACCGAAAAAUUCGCGCCUCAUCAUAAACGCAUGGGCAAUUGGGAGAGACCCAAGUGCUUGGGAAGAUCCAGAGAAGUUUGUACCAGAAAGGUUUGAGGGCAGCAAUAUUGAUGUUAAAGGAAAGCACUUUCAGCUUGUACCGUUUGGCUCUGGCAGAAGACGUUGCGCUGGAAUGCAGUUAGGGCUUACUGUGAUACAGUUUGUGUUGGCACAGAUUGUGCAUUGUUUUGAUUGGGAACUUCCAGACAACAUGUUGCCAAAUGAGUUGGAUAUGACUGAGGUGUUUGGUCUUGUAGUUUCUAGGACCAAGGAUUUGCUCCUUAUUCCUUCAUAUCGCCUUCAGACUUGAUCAUGUUUUAUGUGUCUGUAGUGUCUAUAUAUUUUCCUACUUGUCAUACGUUUAUGUCGUGGACUAGCUAUCUUUUCUGUGUUUCCCUCCUUUUUUUUAAAAGAGAGACAACUAGUAGCAAACCACUGUUAUCUUUCCCUUCCGGAGGCAUCUUUUCUGUGUUUCUACUGUCUUACAUUUGUGUUCUUCACUUGAUGAGGAGAACAAGAAUGUAAUAAAUUAAAUAAAGUGGUGUCAAAUUUUCAAUAAUGAAAAGUCGUUAUGAAACAACCUCAACAGCA